AUGAUGCGAUCAGAUCACACCCGUCGCUUUCUCGACGGCACCAGCGCCAUGCUUUUGCACAUCUACGACCGCCAUCGCUGGCGGAUGGUGAUGCCGGCUGGCGUCAGCCUCAUUCUGCUCUGGGUGCUGUACGCCUCCUUGGCGACCCAGCCGUUCGCAGCGCUCCUGUGGCUUCCACAACACGCAGCCGCGAGCAGCAGCGCAAAAGGCCUGCCUGCAGAGACGACCAAUGCUCUCGCUGUCGACACUGCCCUCCUGCGCGACAUUGUCGAGUACUUUGCCGACUAUCCCAUCAACCACGAGACAGCCUCCUCCUUUGGCGAGAUGGGACGCCGUACGCGCGUGCUAGGAGACUGGCUGACACGGGCCGACGAGCUGGAAGCCGCCAGCGCUGAUCGCAUGGCGCUGGACGCCGCUAUCGAGGCCUUGGCCACACAGCAGUUUUCCUUUCUGGCCAGGCCACCCCGACAUCCCGACACGCCCACGCCGCUGGCCGACCUGCGAGCGACAUUUGCCGAGGGCACGACGGGCAUCGUGGUGGCUGCGGGCGACGGCACUGCGCGCUUUGCCGGCCACCUGGUGGCGAUGCUGCGCGACGUCCUGAACUCGACGCUGCCGAUCCAGAUCGCGUAUGCCGGCGACGACGACCUGUCACUGUACCAUCGGGCACGGCUGGCCAAGGUGUUUGGGGAGACGAGCAAAGAGGCGUCGUCGCCACCGCCGGCCUUUCUCGACGUGACGAGCGUCUUUGACGAGGCCACGCUGCGAUUCGACGUGGCCUCAGGCGGUUGGGCCGUCAAGGCAUUCGCCGCCCUGGCAGCGCCGUUUGAAACGGUCAUCGUGAUCGACGCCGAUGCCGUGUUCCUGCAGCCGCCCGAGGCACUGCUCGACGCGCCCGGCUUCCGCGCCACCGGGACGCUGCUCUUCCGCGACCGCCUGCUGUGGCAGCACGCCUUUGCCGACCGCCACACAUGGUGGCACGACCAGAUCCGGCGUCCGAGCUCGGCCAUGAGUGCCUCUCGCACCUGGACGGAAGAAUAUGCCGAGGAGGGCGACUCGGGCGUCGUCGUGCUUGACAAGGGCCGACCUGCCGUCCUGGCCGGCCUUCUGCACACAGCCUGGCAGAAUACGCACGCCGUGCGCGAGCACACCACAUACCGCAUCACCUACGGCGACAAGGAGAGCUGGUGGCUCGGCCUCGAACUCGCCGGCGCUCCCUAUGCCGUCGAGGCCCACUACGGCGCUAUCGUCGGCUGGGACGAGAGCACCGAUGGCACCGUCAACACCCGUGUCUGCAGCUUCGUCAUCGCCCACGUUGACGCCACCGACUGCUUGCUAUGGUACAACGGCAGCCUGCUCAAGAACAAGGCCGUCAAUUCCACCGAAUAUGCUCUGCCCGACUCCUGGAUGAUCGAUGGCACCUGGCAGAAGGGCGCCACUAAGCAGGACAGCAGCUGCAUGGUUGGUGCUCCGGUGAAGACGCUCACGAUCGAGGAGACCGCACGGCUGCGGUCUGCAUGCCAUGCAGCUGCGAUAGUGGAUGAUUCCUUCCGGCCCUUUUGA